CCCGCCCGCGCCCCUCACCCCUGCCGCCCCCAGCGCUGCUCCGAGCCGGCUCGGGUGGCUCGGCGAUGGCUCGCCCGCACACGGGGCGCUGAAGGCAUCCCGGGGACCCGGAGCACAGCCCGGGAAAGAACGUACAGCAGUAUUGAUGAGUAGAUCCUUGGACUCAGAGGUCGGCUGAAGCGCACCAUGCCUGCUUCCCGCUUUUGCUCCAGAGAGUUGUGAAUUGCUCAUGCCUAUAGGGAGGAAGGAUGGCACAUGGGAUUCCUUCUCAAGGCAAAGUUACCAUAACGGUGGAUGAGUAUAGCUCAAACCCCACCCAGGCAUUCACACACUACAACAUCAACCAGAGCAGAUUCCAGCCGCCACAUGUACAUAUGGUCGACCCCAUCCCAUAUGACACUCCAAAACCAGCGGGCCACACGCGGUUUGUCUGCAUCUCAGACACACACUCCAGAACAGAUGGUAUCCAGAUGCCUUAUGGGGACAUCCUUCUCCACACAGGCGAUUUCACCGAGCUGGGACUGCCCUCAGAGGUUAAGAAGUUUAAUGACUGGUUAGGAAACCUGCCAUAUGAAUAUAAAAUAGUGAUUGCUGGGAAUCAUGAACUGACAUUCGAUAAGGAAUUCAUGGCAGACCUCGUUAAACAGGACUACUACCGUUUCCCCUCUGUGUCCAAGUUGAAGCCAGAGGACUUUGACAAUGUCCAGUCCCUCCUGACAAACAGUAUUUACUUGCAAGAUUCAGAGGUAACCGUGAAAGGAUUCAGGAUAUACGGUGCACCUUGGACCCCAUGGUUUAAUGGAUGGGGCUUUAACCUACCCAGAGGCCAGUCUCUGUUGGACAAAUGGAACCUCAUCCCCGAGGGCAUCGACAUACUCAUGACACACGGACCUCCUCUAGGUUUCCGGGACUGGGUUCCAAAGGAGCUUCAAAGGGUCGGCUGCGUGGAGCUCUUAAACACAGUCCAGAGGCGAGUUCGGCCCAAGCUCCACGUGUUCGGUGGAAUUCAUGAAGGGUACGGCAUCAUGACCGACGGUUACACCACCUACAUCAAUGCGUCCACCUGUACAGUCAGCUUUCAGCCGACCAACCCUCCAAUUAUAUUUGACCUUCCAAACCCGCAGGGCUCCUAAAGCUCUCAGCAUCCUAUCGGAAUGGGAGGGACGGUCUACAAACUGCCAUUUUUCUAAUUAUAAACUUACGUUCUCUGACUUGUUUAUUUUCAAAACCUGUGAGUUCUUUUUGUAAAUUGUUGGAACAGGAAAAAAAAAAUGAUGCUAGAGUUGUGCUGCCUCUUUUUGUUUUUUAAGUGGGGUAUCCAUUUGAAAUCAAAGGAGCAUUGUGAAUUUGUAAAAUGACUUCUGUUUGCUCAAAGGCCACGCCAUUGUAAAUUGUUAGUGUUUGCCAAAGGACAGCCAAGCUUUCUUUAAAAAAAAAAAUGAUUUUAAAAAGUCUUAUUUGAAUAUGCUUUAAGCUGAAAGGAAAAGAUUUUAAAAAGGAAAGAAACACAUAGGUGGUGUUUGAAUUUACCCAGAUUUGCACAAUUCUUUGAGUAUUGUUUGAUGUGUUCUGUUGUUUUCUUGGUGUUAUUUCAUUUUUAUUUCACAGAUGUGGCCCAAAUUUAGAGCAAUCUCAGCAGAAGUAGGUCUAGAAAACCCUUAGCUUCACACUGGCUCUAAGGAAGACUGUGUUCAAGGUGAGGCAAGAACAGCCCUCACUCAGAGGCUUGGCCGGAGAGGUCCGUACCAUGGUUAUACAAACUCUCACUGUCUGUUUCUUUUAAAUUAUUUGAGCUUUAAAAAUACGGAAACAAGACUCUGUCAAGAGCAGAUAUUCAUGCAAGGAAGAAAAGUGUGCAGACUCCUUUUCAAUGUGGAUUUAUAUAUAUAUAUAUAUAAAUAUUUUUUGUGCAUUAUGACUAAGUUAGGAGUUUAAUGUUGCCAAGGACAGUACAACUGCAAAGCAACGCUGUGCAGCAGCACAUCAGAAGUCCGAAGGAACUGACCCCUCCUUCCUCCGAACUCAAGGUCUUAAAGAGCUUGAGUUCAGUCUAGGUACAGUAACAAGUGUGUAUAGACUUCAAUGGAUGCAUUGGAAGCGAACUAAAGUAAGGCUUAGUCGUCCUUUCUAUUUAAAUGCCCGGCAUUGUCUUCUCGCUCCCCCCACCCCAUUUUGCACUGUGUGUUGAUGCAAUCUUCACUAGCACAAAAUGUUGUUGCUAAUAAUCCUUUCUGUUCUCCCAUUGUCAAUGCCAUUGAGCUCUAUUCUAUUUUAUGUUACCUUAAAAUUUAGGAAAGCAGUUGUUUUCUUUAAAUUUAUUGUGAUAUUCUAUAUCUAGCGGCCUUUAUAUGCAAAUAAAAUUGCAAGAUUUUUAAAUCUGUGCUGCGUGGUUG